AUGUUGACUUGCAUGAAAUCAUCACAGUUGUUUCCCUUGGAAAACUUUGUCAAUCCCCUUGAAGAUGCAGGAUCACGACUUUGUGGGGUUCCCUCUUUUAACUUUAACGGAUGUAUACACGACGGUGACGAAUAUCAAUUUAAAAGCGACAGUUACGUGGUUCCCGCGCUCCCUAUGCCUAUCGCGGUCGUCUGCUGCAUCUUGAACUUCCUGGUUCCCGGAUUUGGUUCGAUAUGCGCAAGCGUGUGCGUGUUUUGCUGCGCGCGCACAGACGACAUGACUGGGCGGGAGAAGCUGGGCUCGUGCUGCACUGUGUUCGGCAUCGGUCUGCUGCAGCUACUACUGGUCGCCUGCUUUUUAAUUGGCUGGAUCUGGAGCUGCAUCUGGGGCGUCACCUUCAUCGGCAUGUCAGCCAACUACUACCACGAAGACGACGCCGACGACGAUGAUCCCGAGUACGCGAGCACCAACAACCCCGUGUACCGACGGGCUGCCGUGUCCCGCCUCCCCACCCCCCAGGUCGUGGUCGAUCAGCCCUACCCUGGAGUCAGUUACGCAGAAGCGCAACGUCAAUAUCGGCGUAGACUAGAUGCACAGCGGAGGUCAACGUCACGUAUCAGGUUAACGUCAUCAAACCUUAUAUACCCCAUGCGCGCUCCGUCAAAUAUAGCGUAUAAUUCCCCACCACCGCCUUACCAAGCGUCUGCUACGAUACACGAGCGCGCGCCGGAUCACCAUAACAACGCAAGCAACGGAGGAAGUCGUCACCAUGGCAACGGCCGUGACCCGCACAGACACCGGCAGUCACAUGUAGACAACAUCCAAGAAGAACGGCACCGAUGACGGAUUUCUUUGCAUAAACAUUCGGUCUUUCCAGUAUCGUCGUCUUUCACGGUUGCCGCAUCACAAUCUCCGUGUGCUUUAAAAAGAGGCACCGCCCUUUAUUUCAAAGUAGAGCUGUGACGCUAUUAAGCGCACCGUGGUGCCGAUUGCUAAGAAGAGACCGCACUACUUUGUGGCACUCUGGACCAAUGAUUCCGGAGAUAAACAAUGUAUCACGAGUGUGCUUUGUGGCUGCCGGAAGCACGUGCCAAAGUGCUUCAUCACAUUAUACUCGGACAGGUAGCUGGUGUUCUUCUCAAUGACUAACAUGCCUGUGGUAUGUUUUACGUUUUUAAGAAGAAAUCAAAUAUAAACAUAUAUAUGUAGAAUAUUUUAGAUGUGAUGUAUUGACAUUACACACAUCAUACGGAAGUUUAAUUUACGAUACAAACUUUGAGAAAGUAUACUUGUAACAGCCAGACACAGACCUCUAUAAUUAUGAAAGUUUAAUUCUUCUAUUCAUUGCCAUUCACUCUUCCGUAUGUUAUUUAUUUUCGGAACAUAUUGAUAUUAAAUGUCCAUAUGUUAUGACCUCAAAUUCAGUCGUAACUUGAAUUUGUCGUAAAAUCCUUUUAAAACCGGGCGCUGUUUUUCAGAGUUUCAAUACAUAAGGCUGUAAAUGCUUCUGUUAUUAACACAACUGAUCUUAAUUAAUAUUGACAUACAUGUAAUUAUAUGUGUUAUAUGUCAUGCUCAACUAACCUUCCAAGUAAUUAUAGAACAUUAUAGUUAUAAGAAUAUUUUGUUGGACUUAAUUCUAAGAACCGGUUAGUGAAUACGGGCCCUGUUUAAGAUGUUGUGCCCUGUUUAAGAUUUUCGUUACCUCUCCGAAAUCCAAUAACCUUUUAUUACGAUAAACAGAUAAACCCCUUUUUACAAUAACUUUUACAAUAAAUAAUUUUAUAUUGAAUUACCUUCAUAU